GAGAGAGGUCAUAGGUGCACGGUUUGGCUAAAAUGUUCAAUUGUACGAUCCAGUUGACAUCCCACCAAUAAGUAACUUGUGUUCCGCGAGCUGCAUCUGCGAAAAUUCCAAUUACAAAGAAAGAAAGAGGAGAAGGGAAAAGAUCUGGCCACUCAACUCCAUUUGCGCCCUUGUUUGUGUUGAUAAUUCGUAGAAAAUACUCUGAGAUCUGUAAAGCCAUCCUCUUGUCUGCAAUAAUUCAUUUCUCUUUUUCAGUAGAAAAAAGACAGAUCUCCGCACGAUGGCGCAGCCGCUUGUGAAGAAAGACGAUGAUCGCGAUGAGGAAGCUGAGUUCUCCCCAUUUUUGGGGAUUGAGAAGGGUGCUGUGUUACAGGAAGCUAGGGUUUUCAAUGACCCUCAGUUGGAUGCAAGAAGAUGUUCACAAGUCAUCACGAAGCUUCUGUAUCUUCUGAAUCAGGGUGAAACUUUCACAAAGGUCGAAGCUACAGAAGUAUUUUUUGCUGUUACCAAGCUGUUUCAGUCCAAAGACACUGGUUUGAGAAGAAUGGUGUAUCUGAUGAUUAAAGAACUUUCGCCCUCUGCAGAUGAGGUUAUUAUUGUCACUAGCUCCCUGAUGAAGGACAUGAAUAGCCGUACUGAUAUGUAUCGAGCAAAUGCUAUCCGUGUCCUUUGUCGGAUUACUGACGGGACACUUUUGACACAAAUUGAGAGAUACCUAAAGCAGGCUAUAGUGGACAAAAACCCAGUAGUUGCAAGUGCAGCCCUCGUGAGUGGUUUUCAUCUACUGCAGACCAAUCCGGAGAUAGUCAAGAGAUGGAGUAAUGAAGUGCAAGAAGCAGUGCAAUCACGGGCUGCACUUGUCCAAUUUCAUGCGCUUGCUCUGCUCCACCAGAUAAGACAAAAUGAUCGGUUGGCUGUGAGCAAGUUGGUUACCAGCUUGACGAAGGGGACUGUUCGUUCUCCUUUAGCUCAAUGCCUUUUGAUCCGCUACACAAGCCAGGUUAUCAGAGAGUCAAGUGUUAAUUCACAAACAGGAGACCGGCCAUUCUAUGACUAUCUUGAGAGUUGUCUCCGCCACAAAGCAGAAAUGGUUAUCUUCGAAGCAGCUAAGGCAAUCACAGAAUUAAGCAAUGUCUCUACUCGGGAGUUGACUCCUGCCAUAACUGUUCUACAACUUUUCUUAAGUUCUUCUAAGCCAGUACUAAGGUUUGCUGCUGUCCGGACUUUGAACAAGGUAGCUAUGACACAUCCCAUGGUUGUUACAAAUUGUAAUAUAGACAUGGAAAGCUUGAUUUCGGACCAGAAUAGAAGUAUAGCAACUCUUGCCAUUACCACUCUGCUGAAAACAGGCAACGAAUCUAGUGUUGAUCGGUUGAUGAAGCAGAUCACAAAUUUCAUGUCUGAUAUUGCUGAUGAAUUCAAGAUUGUUGUUGUAGAAGCUAUAAGGUCACUGUGUCUGAAGUUCCCGCUCAAGUACAGAUCUCUGAUGAAUUUUUUAAGCAGUAUUUUGAGGGAGGAGGGUGGUUUUGAAUACAAAAAGGCAAUUGUUGAUUCAAUUGUGAUCUUAAUUAGAGAUAUUCCAGAUGCCAAAGAAAGUGGACUGCUGCACUUGUGUGAAUUUAUUGAAGAUUGUGAAUUCACAUAUCUUUCUACGCAGAUACUUCACUUUCUUGGAAAUGAGGGACCCAAGACAUCAGAUCCCAGUAAAUAUAUCCGUUAUAUUUACAACCGGGUGAUACUUGAAAAUGCUACCGUCCGAGCAAGUGCUGUCAGCACACUGGCGAAAUUUGGUGCUGUGGUUGAUUCACUGAAACCUCGUGUAUUCAUUUUGUUGAGGCGUUGCCUUUACGACAACGAUGAUGAGGUUCGAGACAGAGCUACACUGUAUUUGAACACUCUUGGAGAUGGUUCAGUUACUGAAACUGACAAAGAUGUCAAGGACUUUUUGUUUGGUCCGCUUGAUAUACCACUGGCAAAUAUGGAGACUAGUUUGAAAAAUUAUGUAUGUAAUGCUGUUUUGGUGCAAAACCCCAUGGAAGAGCCUUUUGAUAUUAAUUCUGUCCCUAAAGAUGUUAAGUCCCAGCCUCUUGCUGAAAAGAAGGCCCCAGGCAAAAAGCAGACUGGUUUGGGUGCUCCACCCCCUGCCCCCACCUCUGCAGCUGAUGCUUAUGAAAAGCUUCUCUCUGCUAUUCCUGAAUUUAGAAAUUUCGGAAAGCUUUUCAAGUCAUCACCGCCAGUGGAGCUUACAGAAGAAGAAACCGAGUAUGCAGUUAAUGUUGUCAAGCACAUAUUUGACAGCCAUGUGGUGUUUCAAUACAACUGCACAAAUACCAUACCAGAACAGCUGCUUGAAAAUGUGACCGUUAUUGUGGAUGCUUCUGAAGCUGAGGAAUUCUCUGAAGUAGGUGCAAAACCUUUAAAGUCGCUUCCAUAUGAUACACCAGCGCAAACAUUCGUGGCCUUUGAGAAACCUGAAGGAGUCCCUGCAGUCGGAAAAUUCUCGAACGUGUUGAGAUUUACUGUUAAAGAGGUCGAUCCAUCUACUGGUGAGGCCGAAGACGAUGGUGUGGAGGACGAAUACCAGCUAGAGGAUUUCGAAGUUGUGGCUGCUGAUUAUAUUCUGAAAGUUGGAGUCUCCAACUUUAAGAAUGCCUGGGAAAGCAUGGAUUCCGAGUCUGAACGUGUAGAUGAAUAUGGUCUUGGGCCUAGAGAAAGCCUUUCUGAAGCUGUAAAUGCAGUUAUCAAUCUCCUUGGCAUGCAACCCUGUGAGGGUACGGAAGUGGUCUCCAGCAACUCAAGAUCACACACAUGUUUGCUGUCGGGUGUUUACAUUGGGAAUGUGAAGGUUCUCGUGCGGUUGUCAUUUGGUAUUGACGGGUCAAAAGAGGUGGCCAUGAAGUUAGCUGUAAGAUCCGAUGAUGUGAAUGUUAGUGAUGCCAUCCACGAAAUUGUUGCUAGUGGGUAAAUUUUUCUAUUCCCCAUUUAUUUUUGUGUUUCUUGGUUGAGAGAAAAGAAAAGAAAAAAACUAUUUCUCGAUAGAUUAGUUUCUGCCUGCCAAGUUAUAUAACGGACUAGCAUUUUGGUUGCGUAAUUGAGGAAGAAGCUUGUAUGGUGGGAGAAUAUAUAUAAAUUUGUGUACUGUUGACCUAGGAGACAAAAAAAUUUUGCCUUGCUGGGGAUAUCGAUUAUAUAUUCAUUGGAUCCAAUUGUUUGUUACAAUUUUCAGACGCUCUUGAACUAACUUGAAGUUGAGACUUUCCUAAUGCACAAAGUUCUUUUCAUUUUUGUUUGCUGGCAAUGAUCAAAUGCGAACUUGGGUUUGUUUUUUGCUGAACGGCUUAAAACUUCUCACCAGUUGAAUCAACGCAUGUUUGUGCUGG